AUGAGCGACAGCAGCGAGCAGAACUACGGCGAGCGGGAAUCCCAUUCUGCUUCCAGAAGUGGAAGUGCUUAUGGAUCUGGGAAAUCUGCAAGGCAUACCCCUGUAAGGUCUCGCUCCAAGGAAGACUCCAGGCGUUCCAGAUCAAAGUCCAGGUCCAGAUCUGAAUCUAGGUCUAGAUCUAGAGGAAGUUCUCGAAGGCAUUAUACAAGGUCACGAUCUCGGUCCUGCUCCCAUAGAAGAUCCCGUAGCAGAUCGUACAGUAGAGAUUAUCGAAGAUGGCAUAGCCACAGUCGUUCUCCCAUGUCUACUCACAGGCGUCAUGUUGGGAAUCGGGCAAAUCCUGAUCCCAACUGUUGUCUUGGAGUAUUUGGAUUGAGCUUAUACACUACAGAAAGAGAUCUAAGAGAAGUGUUCUCUAAAUAUGGCCCAAUUGCUGAUGUGUCUAUUGUAUAUGACCAGCAGUCUAGACGUUCAAGAGGAUUUGCCUUUGUAUAUUUUGAAAAUGUAGAUGAUGCCAAGGAAGCGAAAGAGCAUGCCAAUGGAAUGGAGCUUGAUGGACGUAGGAUCAGAGUUGAUUUCUCUAUAACAAAGAGACCACAUACCCCAACACCAGGAAUUUACAUGGGGAGACCUACCUAUGGCAGCUCACGCCGUCAAGAUUACUACGACAGGGGAUAUGAUCGAGGCUACGAUGAUUGGAACAAUUACAGCAGGUCAUACAGAGGAGGAGGUGGAGGAGGAGGAGGAUGGAGAGCUGCUCAAGACAGGGAUCAGAUAUACAGAAGAUGGUCACCUUCUCCCUACUAUAGUCGUGGAGAUACAGAUCACGUUCCAGAUCUCGAUCAUACUCACCAAGUCGCUAUUAAAGCAUGAAGUUGAAGACUUUCUGAAACCUGCCCUAGAGUUGGGAUAUUGUUUGUGGACAAUAUUUUUUAUUGUCUCCUGUUUAAAAAGUGAACAGUGCCUAGUGAAGUUAGGUGACUUUUACACCUUUUAUGAUGACUACUUUUGGUGGAGUUGGAAUGCUGUUUUCAUUCUGCAUUUGUGUAGUUCGGUGCUUUGUUCAAAGUUAAGUGUUUUCAGAAAAGUAUGUUUUGCAUGUAUUUUUUUACAGUCUAAAUUUUGACUGCUGAGAAGUUUCUAUUGUACAAAACUUCAUUUAAAUGGUUUUUCUACUGAAUCCAGGGUAUUCUGAAGAUCGAAGCCUGUGUAAAAUGCUACCAAAUGGCAAAAAGCAACAAUAAAGUUUGGUUUUUACUUUUC